CUAGGGUUUUAGCCCGAGAGGCACCAGGACAACAUUUGACACUCCCCGCUCCUCCCAAACUGCUGGGAGCUCGCAAGAAAUUGAUCUUUCUUUUCUCCUCUACCCUUCGAUCAGCUCCCGUUGAGAAUGGGAAGUGGAGUGGCCAUGUCGGCCCUAAGAAGAACUGCUACCCUCUCCGCGAGGAGCCAUAGUAUCCGCAAUAUCGUGGCUUGUGGAUGUUUCAAUGGAUCUGAAUUAUCGAGAAACAGCUUGGUGCAAGAAAAAGGGAACUUUCACUUAUGUUCUGGCAUAUUGGACUAUUUCUCACUGUCAAAGUCAUACUCUAGUAGAUGUUCUAACUUCGCAAGGUCUUUCCUAUGGCCGCGGAAUCUUUCUUCUCAUGUUGGAGCAAAAUUAAGCGAGAAGGAUAAUGAUUCUGAGGAUAGGUUUUCCGAACUAGAUGAGCCAGCUGAAGAUAUGGUAGAGCCAGAUGAAAGAGUGGAGAAUAAGGAGUUUGAAACUGAAGAAGGGAUUUUGGGUGGUGAAUCAGAUUCUGUUGGAAACAGAUCACUGGGAAAGAGGGUUGAAUCUCCACUUUCCAUGGCCAUAAUCAGAGCUCCACGACACUCUCUUAAUAUUGUACUUAAUAAGUGGGUGGAAGACGGUAAUCCUUUGGGGCAAGGUGCAAUCUCUCAUGCAAUGCUGAUUCUUAGGAAGAGCCGGGUUUAUGCAAAGGCUCUGCAGUUCAUCGAAUGGCUUGAAGAAAAUAAACGGAUUGAUUUUCUCGAGCGCGAUUAUGCUUCCCAUUUGGAUUUGGUUUGCAAACUAUAUGGUUUUCAGAAAGCUGAGAAUUAUCUACAGAAAAUUCCAGUGUCGCUUCAGGGUGAGGUGGUUUACAGGACUCUUCUUACUAAUUGUGUCCUUGCUAACAAUGUAAGGAAAGCAGAAGAGGUGUUUAAUAAAAUUAAGGAUCUUGGUCUCCCUAUCACAAAAUUUACUUGCAAUCAGUUACUGGUUCUUUAUAAAAGGGUUGACCAGAAGAAGAUCGCUGAUGUUCUUGUGAUGAUGGAAAAGGAAAAUAUAAAACCAUCUCUCUUAACCUACAGACUACUGGUAGAUAACAAAGGUCGUGCGAGUGACAUAGUAGGCAUGGAGAAAAUUAUAGACACAAUGAAGGAUGAAGGCCUGAAGCCUGAUUUAACGAUUCAAGGUAUGGCUGUGAAGUACUAUAGUCUUGCUGGCCUCAACGAGAAAGCAGAAGCAGUCUUAAAGGAUAUGGAAGGCGAUCACAUACAGGAGAAUCAUGUUGCACGCAAGGUUCUUCUUCCUCUUUAUGCUGCUCUUGGCAAAGCAGAAGAUGUGGGAAGGAUAUGGGAGAUUUGCAAGUCUAGCCAACGGCUCGAUGAGUGUUUAACUGCGAUUGAGGCAUGGGGUAAACUUGGGAAUGUCGAAAAGGCAGAGGAAGUCUUUGAGAACAUGAUCAAGGUAUGGACAAAGGUCUCUGCGAAGCACUACGUUGCCUUAUUAAAUGUCUAUGCGAACAAUAAACUACUAUCCAAAGGAAAGGAUUUUGCUAAGCGGAUGUCAGACGAUGGCUGUCAUAUUGGUCCUGCAACUUGGGAUGCACUCGUAAAGCUGUAUGUGGAGGCUGGAGAGCUGGAGAAAGCUGCUUCCAUAUUGCAGAAAGCAUCACAGCGCACCGAGGAUAAGCCGCUAUUUGUCUCAUAUAUGACAGUGUUCGAGAAGUACUCCAAGAAGGGAGACAUCCAUAAUGCUGAGAAGAUCUUUCAGCGUCUGAGGCAGGCCGGAUAUGCCGGAAGAUUGAAGCCGUAUCAGUAUCUACUCCAGGCCUACAUAAAUGCCAAGAAACCAGCUUAUGGAUUCAGGGACAGGAUGAAAGCUGACAACAUGUUUCCUAACAAGGCUAUGAUAGCACAACUUAUAGCUGCUGAUGCAUUGAUCAAGUCUAAGAUUUCAGAUUUGCUUGAUUGAGAACAUCACUCUUAUUCCUGCUACUGCAGAUGCGGCUAGAGAAUUCUGUUAUCUGAAUGCUUCUCUUUGUAGAAAGAAUUUACAUGUUUCAUAUGAUAUGAUUCUUUUGAGAU